AUGGGGAGCCCUCGGGCCGCGCUGCUCCUGCUGCUCCUGCGCCCGGUCAAGCUGCUGCGGAGGCGCUUCCGGCUGCUGCUGGCGCUCGCCCUGGUGUCCGUGGGGCUCUGGACUCUUUAUCUGGAACUGGUGGCGUCGGCCCAGGUCAGCGGGAACCCUCUGAACCGGAGAUAUGGCAGCUGGCGAGAACUGGCCAAGGCUCUGGCCAACAGGAACAUUCCGGCUGUGGAUCCAAAUCUCCAGUUUUAUCAUCCCCAGAGGCUGGGCCCCAAGGACCAAGACGUGGAGCAAGGUGAGAGUGGUAACUACAGCUACCUGAAAUGGAAUAAGCCUGUCCCCUGGCUCUCGGAGUUCCGGGGCCGCGCCAACCUGCAUGUGUUUGAGGACUGGUGUGGCAGUUCCAUUCAGCAGCUCAGGAGGAACCUCCACUUCCCACUGUACCCCCAUAUUCGCACAACCCUGAGGAAGCUGGCCGUGUCCCCCAAAUGGACCAACUAUGGCCUCCGCAUCUUUGGCUACCUGCACCCCUUCACCGAUGGGAAGAUCCAGUUUGCCAUUGCUGCAGAUGACAACGCUGAGUUCUGGCUCAGCCGGGACGACCAGGUGUCAGGCCUUCAGCUGCUGGCCAGUGUGGGCAAGACUGGAAAAGAGUGGACCGCCCCUGGAGAGUUUGGGAAAUUUCGGAGCCAAAUUUCCAAGCCAGUGAGCCUGGCGGCCUCCCAGAGGUACUACUUCGAGGUGCUGCACAAACAGAACAACGAGGGCACGGAUCAUGUGGAAGUCGCGUGGCGACGGAAUGACCCUGGAGCCAAGUUCACCAUUAUUGACUCCCCUUCCCUGUCCCUCUUCACAAGUGAGACAGUCCUAAGGAUGGAUGACGUGGGCCAUAUCCCUCAGACAGCAGCCAGCCAUGCAGGCUCCCGAGACUCUCUUCCCAGAGAGGAGCUGCCCCUUGCAGACAUGCUGCGGCCCGACCCUCGAGACACCCUCUAUCGAGUGCCUCUGAUCCCCAAGACUCAUCUCCGCCACGUCCUGCCCGAUUGUCCCUAUAAACCCAGCUACCUGGUGGAUGGGCUCCCCCUGCAGCGCUACCAGGGACUCCGCUUUGUGCAUCUGUCCUUCGUUUACCCAAAUGACUAUACCCGCCUGAGCCACAUGGAGACACAUAAUAAAUGCUUCUACCAGGAAAACUCGUACUACCAGGACCAGUUCAGCUUUCAGGAGUACAUCAAGAUUGACCAGCCUGAGAAGCAGGGGCCGGAGCAUCCAGGUUUUGAGGAAAGCCUUCUAGAAGAAUCCCAGUAUGGAGAAGCAGCAGAGGAGACCCUUGCCUCCAAUGUCCAGAAUGCCAGGAUGCCAGAGGGAAGACAAGUGCCUACCUUUCCCCCCGGGCAGGAUGUCACUGACUACCACCUCCGGAGCCUGCGAAAGCUCCUAGCUCAGCCCCGGGAGGGUCUGCUGGCAGCGUUUUCCAAGCAGAACUCCACAGCUCCUUUCCCUGGGAGGACCAGCGAUGUCCCAGUCCAGCAACCAGAGAAGAGGGAGCGAAGACCUAGCCCCGAGCCCAGCCAAGAUCCACCUCACUCUGAGAAGUGGCCCCCGGGGCAUCCGACGGGGCAAGUGCCUGCUGUCAAGGGGCCGAGGCCCAGUAGUGGCCGUCCCAGGAAGACACUAGGGCAGUCCCAGUGGCUGAAUCAAGUUGAGACAUAUAUCGCAGAGCAGAGAAGGGGAGACAGGAUGGAGCCCGCAGCCCCCGGGAGGGGUUGGCAUGGUGAGGAAGACAUCGUGGUUGCUGCAGGCCAGGAAGGGCGGAUGGAGGGAGAAGAGGGGGACGAAGACGAGGAAGAGGAAAUGAGUGAGGUAUUCGAGUACGUGCCCGCGUUUGACCCAGUGGUAAACUGGGACCAGACCUUCAGUGCUCGCAACCUUGACUUCCAAGCCCUGCGGACCGACUGGAUCGAUCUGAACUGUAACACAUCUGGCAACCUGCUGCUUCCAGAGCAGGAGGCUCUCGAGGUCACACGGGUCUUCCUGAAGAAGCUCAACCAGAGGAGCCGGGGGAAGUACCAGCUACAGCGCAUUGUGAAUGUGGAGAAGCGCCAGGACCAGCUACGUGGAGGUCGCUACCUCCUGGAGCUUGAGCUGCUGGAACAAGGCCAGCGCCCAGUGCGGCUCUCCGAGUAUGUGUCUACUCGAGGCUGGCAGGGCAUCGAUCCAGCUGGUGGGGAAGAGGUCGAGGCCCGGAACCUGCAGGGCCUGGUUUGGGACUCACACAACCGUCGGAGACAUGUCUUGAAUGUCCGGGCCCCAGAGCCCAAACUGUGUUGGCCCCAGGGCUUCUCCUGGAAUCACCGAGCCGUGGUCCACUUCGUUGUGCCUGUAAAGAACCAGGCGCGCUGGGUGCAGCAGUUCAUCAGGGACAUGGAAAAGCUAUUCCAGGCCACCGGUGACCCACACUUCAAUAUCAUCAUCACUGACUACAGCAGUGAGGACAUGGACAUCGAGAUGGCCUUAAAGAGGUCCAAGCUGCGGAGCUACCAGUAUGUGAAACUGAGUGGAAACUUCGAGCGCUCGGCUGGGCUUCAGGCUGGCAUAGACCUGGUGAAGGACCCGCACAGCAUCAUCUUCCUCUGUGACCUCCACAUCCACUUCCCAGCUGGAGUCAUCGAUAGCAUCCGGAAGCACUGUGUGGAGGGCAAGAUGGCCUUUGCCCCCGUGGUGAUGAGGCUGCAUUGCGGGGCCACCCCCCAGUGGCCUGAGGGCUACUGGGAGGUGAAUGGGUUUGGACUGCUCGGCAUCUACAAGUCGGACCUGGACAGAAUCGGCGGCAUGAACACCAAGGAGUUCCGAGACCGCUGGGGCGGGGAAGACUGGGAGCUGCUGGACAGGAUCCUCCAAGCGGGCCUGGAAGUGGAACGGCUCUCCCUCAGGAAUUUCUUCCAUCACUUCCAUUCCAAGCGAGGCAUGUGGAACCGCCGUCAGAUGAAGAUGCCGUGA